UGACUUCGCGAUAUAUCGACUAAGCUUUGAUUUAUCGAUUAGUUUUGAUAGUGCUGUAUAAAUAAUACUUGUUUAUGUUUUGUUUGUAUCUUCUGGUCAGCAAGCUUAAUGUCUGAAAUUAAAGCUACGGAUAUAGCGGAGGACAAUGCAGAUACUACACCAGAUCUGGAGUCUUUUAAUGGAUAUGAAUUUAACAACUAUACAGCGGCCGAAUCCUUUAUACAAGGUCUAUCUGGAAUGGUAAAUCAGAGCGAUGUAGAGACCAUGAUAAGAGCACAAAAACAAAUGCUACAGCGCUUUGAGAAAACUAAUGAAAUGCUGCUCAACUGCAAUGCCUUGUCGCAAAGCCGUUUGAAGAAUGCAAGUGAAGAUUUCAAACGACAUGUAAAAUUACUGAGUGAAAUGAAAAAGGAUCUAGAUUACAUAUUUCGCAAGGUGCGCAUAAUAAAGCAAAAGCUACAGCAGCAAUAUCCUGCUAUAUAUGCAGAAGUUCAGCCCCAGCGCAGUAGCUUGGCCGAGGAGGCGGAAGAUGAAACGGAAGCUGCGAAGGCUGCGCAGUUAGCGGAAUCAUCACAGCCGAAGCCCACGGCAGAGCCAGCUCCCAAAAAGAGCGGAGCGACAAUUGAAUACGUGCAAAUGCAGGAGGCUAUCGAGAACGGUAUUGUUGAGAUAGAAAAUGAACUGAUAAAACGUGUCUGCUCCGUGGAGACAGCCAAUCCCAAUGACUCCUCCGAUUGUACGUCAGAAGAUACUGGUUAAGCAUUAGUUAAUAAUUUGCUUUAUUUAACAUAUUUAUCUAAACAAUAUUUAUUAUACGUUCUAGUGGAAUAUCUAGUAUAUGCAAUAGGUUACAUAAUGA